AAUUUCACUGGCUCCAUGAAUGACCAUGGAACUUGCCAGUGCUCCGUUCUCCUGCCAGACGCCACCUUUCCUGUGGAGAGAGUGGAACAAUUGGAAUCCACGGCUCACAGUCUCUCUGAGACGUUCCGGACAGAACUUUCUAAAGUAAAGGAGUACAUCCACAUGAUAAGUGUGUAUGAAAAGAAGCUCUUCAACCUCACUGUUCGAGUGGAGAUCAUGGAGAAGGACAGCAUUUCCUACACGGAACUGGACUUUGAGCUGAUCAAGAUAGAAGUGAAGGAGAUGGAGAGGCUGAUCAUCCAGCUGAAGCAGAAUUUUGUUGGAAGCUCAGUAAUUGUAGACCAAUUGGAAGUGGAGAUAAGGAAUAUGAGUCUCCUGGUGCAGAAGCUGGAGACACUAGACAAAAACAACGUCCUUGCCAUUCGCCGAGAAAUUGAGACGCUGAAGAACAGGCUGAAGGAAUGUGAGGCCUCCAGAGAGGAGCUGGUGCCUGUGGCCCCGGCCCCGGCUCCAGGGAGCUGUGGCCACAGUGGCGUGGUGAACAUCAGCAAGCCAUUCGUAGUUCGACUCAACUGGUUGGGGUUUUCCUAUAGGUAUGGUGCUUGGGGUCGGGAUUACUCCCCUCAGCACCCAGACGGAGGGCUCUAUUGGGUGGCGCCUUUGAAUACAGAUGGGAGAUACCUGGAAUAUUAUAGGAUCUAUAACACAUGGGAUGAUUUGCUGUUGUACAAGUAUAACCAACAGAAUCGGUUAAAAUAUGGCCAGGGCAGUGGUACUGUAGUCUACAAAAAUAACAUGUAUGUCAACUGGUAUAAUACUCAGCAGAUGUCCAAACUCAACUUGACCAGCAACACAGUGACGCUGACGCGCGCUCUACCCAAUGCUGCCUAUAAUAACCGCUUUUCAUAUGCUAAUGUUCCUUGGCAAGAUAUUGACUUUGCUGUGGACGAGAAUGGGUUGUGGGUGAUUUAUGCCACUGAAGCCAGCACUGGUAACAUAGUGAUUAGUAAACUCAAUGACACCACAUUGGAAGUGUUAAACACUUGGCAGACCAAGCAGUAUAAACCAUCUGUUUCUAACACCUUCAUGGUAUGUGGCGUUUUGUAUGCCACUCGUACUCUAAACACCAGAAAAGAAGAGAUUUUUUACUACUAUGACACAAACACAGGGAAGGAGGGCCAGCUUGCCAUCACCAUGCAGAAGAUGCAGGAAACAGUGCAGAGCAUUAACUACCACCCCUAUGACCAGAAACUUUAUGUAUAUAACGAUGGCUACCUUCUGAAUUAUGAUCUUAUCUUCCACCAAGAACCCAAGGAAAGUGUGCUGGUGUUGGGGUGA